ACUCGAGGUGGCGCGGGCACUAGUUGGUGCGCUAGCUGUGCUGGGCGCUGUCUGCGCCGCCUUUGCUGUCCUUGCUCCCCCGCCCGGCGCGCCGGCCUACGCCAUCUCGACAUUUACGGCUGCGGCGGCGAUGGGCGACGAGGAGGCGCGGCGUGGUGCAAUCGGCCUAGCAGCGGUGGUGCGAUUCGGGCUGACGACGCUGUCGUCGGCUGGGCUGGGCGCGGACGUGCCGAUCGGUGCAGUGCAGCAGGUGGCGGUGGUGGUCCUCGCCUCGCUCGCCAUGCCGAUCUACGCGCACGCGGUCCAUGUUGUGGCGCGGGCGAUGAGUGCGGCAGCGCUGGCUGACCACCCGAUGCGGGCUGCGGGAUGCGGGCUGGCGCUGACAGCGGCGGUAGGCGCCGCGUUUGCGCUCGUCGAGGGCUGGCGCCUCAUCGAUGGCCUUUACUUUGCGGUGGUCCUCCUCACGACCGUCGGUUACGGUGAGCCAGAUCUGGUGCCGGCGACCGGAGCAGGGCUGUUGAUUCUCGCGGCAGCAACGCUGCUGGCAACUGGCGUCUUCUCUUUUGCGCUGGCAGUUGUCCAUCGCGCCGUGAUUGGGGCCGAGCCGCCGCUGAGUAGCCUCCUCGUCGGCCUGGCGGGCUAUGCGGCGGUCUUUGCGGGCGGCCUGUGGCUGCUGGAUGGGGUGCCGUUAGGCGAUGGACUUUACGCGGCAGGAAUCUCGGUCAUGACUGUCGGAUACGGCGAUGUGGUCCCAGGCAGCACUGCCAGCCGGGUGCUGGUGGCUGUGGCGGUUGUGCCUGCGCUGGGCCUGAUGGCGGCGGUGAACGCAGCGAUGUCAGUGGUGGCGGCGCGGGUGAUAGCAUGGGCGGCGGGCAAGCGGUACGGGGUGGCUUCAAUCUCGCACACGGAGCUGGUCAUGGGAGUGCUCGUGGCAGCAGGUGGGUACGUUGUCUUUGGUGGAGCCGUCUUUGCACUGAUGCAGAGCGGGUCGGGCGGCGGAGCGUUUGAAGGAGCGGCGACGCCGCACUCGGCGCCACACGCACUGGCCAUUGGAUGCUACUGGGCAAGCGUCUCGCUGCUCACGCUCGGCUUUGGCGACGUGGUCCCGGUCUCGGCCGCCGCGCGACUGGUCACGCUCGGGUACCUUGGGUGCGGGCUCGGGCUUGUCGAAGCCGCACUCGAGCACGUCCGCAUCAUUGUGGUCGACAGCCUCGGGCUUGACGGCGGGGCGAGCGCUCGGCAGCGGUGGCAAGCUGCGUACACAUCGGUUGCACACAGGCUCGAGAGCCAUCGGCACCCGCACGCCGCAGCCAUCAGGCGAGCCAUCACCGCGGCCAAGCCUCGAGCCGCGAGCCCGAGCCCAGGCAACAGACGCCGGCCGCGCUCGCUUGCGGAGCUCGUCGCGCUGUGGAAGCGGCCGCGGGCUGGCGAAGCCAAGCUCGAGUAG